CUGCUGAGCUUCCGCCAGUCGGCCCAACGGCCCCAUGACAGGAAGUGACGGUAUCACGCCUCGCCCGGUCGGAAGCCAGAAUCGCCCGAACCCCUGGCGCAAACAUGGCGUCCUCCGCUUCUGCUGGGAAUCCGGCGGGGAAGCGGGUGGUGAAUCAGGAAGAACUGAGGCGGUUGAUGAGGGAGAAGCAACGCCUGAGCACCAACCGGAAGAGGAUCGAAUCCCCGUUCGCCAAAUACAACCGUCUGGGGCAGUUGAGCUGCGCACUUUGUAACGCUCCGGUCAAGAGCGAGCUCCUGUGGCAGACCCAUGUUCUGGGAAAGCAGCACCGGGAAAGAGUAGCCGAACUGAAAGGCACCAAGGGAGCAACCCAGGGCCCGUCGGUCGGCGCGGCGCCUCAGCCCAUCAAGAGGAGAGCGGCGGAUGCGGAGAGCCAAGACGCCAAGAAAGCCAAGGCCUCCGUGGGACCUCAGGUACAGCCCUCCACCUCGUCCGCCAACUUAGAGAAAUCGGGAAAGGAGGCUGCUAGGGCAACCUCCAGUAAGCCUGGACUCGGUUUACUCCCUGAUUAUGAAGAUGAGGAAGAGGGGGAGGAAGAAGAAGGAGAUGGAGACGGGAGGCGGGACAGCGGCAAGCAUCUUCCAGAUGCACAGGGCAAAGACAGCGAACACUCGCUUGCCUCUCCGAGAGAAACCACGAGCAGUGUGCUGCCAAAUGAUCCCUUUAAUACAAAUCCUCCCAAGGCCCCCUUAGUUCCUCAUUCAGGAUCAAUUGAGAAAGCAGAAAUACACGAAAAGGUGGUGGAAAGGAGAGAGAACACCGCCGAAGCACUACCAGAAGGGUUCUUCGACGACCCUGAGGUAGACGCAAAGGUCCGGAAGGUUGAUGCCCCAAAAGACCAGAUGGACAAAGAAUGGGACGAGUUUCAAAAGGCCAUGAGGCAAGUUAACACGAUUUCCGAAGCUAUAGUUGCUGAAGAGGAUGAGGAGGGACGAUUGGACCGGCAGAUUGGAGAGAUUGAUGAGCAGAUAGAGUGUUACCGUCGAGUGGAAAAGCUGCGGAAUCGCCAGGAUGAAAUAAAAAACAAACUUAAGGAGGUUCUGACCAUAAAAGAACUGCAGAAAAAGGAGGAAGAGAAUGUUGACAGUGACGAUGAGGGAGAAUUACAGGAUUUACUGUCCCAGGAUUGGCGGGUGAAAGGGGCUUUGCUGUAAAGUUUUGAAGAUCCAAGCUUUCCAUCAGUCUGCUACCCCGUAAAAAGUGCUAUGUCCUAGUACUUGGGUACCGUGACCUUGGGUACCCUGAGUUGUUGAGAAAAAAUAAGCCACUGAGAAGUAAUACUUCGGGGAAGGUACUGCGGUGCUAUUUAUUAGAAAAUGUUUGAGGUAAAGCUGUUCUUGAUGUUUUGAAAUUAUAACCGCAAAUUGCCAACUUUUUUCCGUGUUUACAGGCUUAAUGCUGAUUUGCAGUCCUAAAAUCUUACAUUGUAAAUAUUGUACAUAGCUAAAUAUAUAUUUAGAUAAGUCACUCUUUUGAAACUUAUAAAUAGAAGCCAGACCAAAAAGACACGUUUAUAUGACCUCGAUGUACAUAUAUAAUUUCAAGCCUUAAACUCCAGGGAUCCGGGCUUUGGGGAGGUUGUUUUUAAAAGGCUAUCCAUAAACACAUAUUUUUCAUAAAGCAGUGAAUGAGUUCUCUGUUUCAAAAACAUACUUGAUGAGAUCACUGAGAAAAACAUGACACAAAUGCCCAACCUCCUUAAGCCAACAUUUCUUGUGACAAGACCAGUGAUUGUCAAGUGUAGGUCAGUAUCACCUGUGAAACUUUUGAUUGUUCGUAGAAUGUCAAAUCACCUAUGAAGCUUCAGUGCUGAAUCCUAGCCUUAGAUUCCAUAAAUCUAAAUGGGGUCCAGAUGACAGGAUUCUUGAAUGUUCCCAGGUUAUUCCAACAUAUGCCCAAAUUGGGAGCAGCUGCCCUAAGUCCAAACCUAUUUGUAUAUUUUUUCAGGGUUUGUUUCCUCCAAAUGUUCUGUAAAUUUGCUGUACUCCCUGCCCAGCAGUGGUGCUAGGCACCCUAUCCAGAACUGUGGGAAUGCUAGGCAUGGCUACCACGACUGAGCUGGUUUUUGAGUGAAAGAAAUACUACUUUUUAUUUCUACCCCAUUGAGUCUGAAAUUUUAUUUUUAUGUGGUAAAUUAGGCUUGUGUUUACAAGUUCUUCAGGAAGAUGUUUACGUUGCUAGAAAAGCAAUGAAAUGACAAUUGCCUUACUAGCUGUUGAUAGUUUAAAGUGCUCCUCUCUUUGGAGGAUGAGGUGUUCAAAGAGGAAAAUAAAUAGCAAUGUUUAACAUACAGUGUGUUCAAAUCCAAUAAAAGUGAACACAUACUGUUCUAAGCAUAAGCCAGACAGGAUUCUAAGUACUUUAAUUAACCCAUUCUAGUUCAGACUUUAUAGGGGAAGCACCAAGAAAAAGGUCUGAAAAGCCUUGAAAAUUGGAUGUGGUGACUCAACACCUGACACCCUCAGCUUUUGGGAAGUUGAGGGAGAUGGCUAAGGUUUGGGAAUAGCCUGGACUAUACAGUGAUACCAUGUCUAAAGGGGGAGGAAGGGGGGCGGGAAGCCUUUCAUCCUAAAAAAUUGUUCCUACAGGCAAUGUGGAAAUCAAUGAAUUUUUUUGUUUUUAAACAGAAGAAUUCUGUGAUGAUUAGGUAAACUCUAGUUGGAGUAUAUGGUAUAGAAGAAGCACAGGACAAGGAACUGGGAAAGUAUGUAGAAACUACUGCAAAAGUAAGGUGAGCCAGACUGAUUACUUAUGGACUAAGUGGAUGGAAAGUAACAGAAUUUCUCAGGAAGAGCUAACAUUUUAGUGACUAGAAGUAAAAGAAAAAAAAAAUAGAGAAGGGAGAAGGAUAGCAUGUCAAAGAAUUUUCUUCUAGGUGAAGGUACCAAAAAGACACUGUCUGAUGUGGUAUAUGCCACUCAUUAGUAAUAAUCCUUUCUGUGACAGAAAGUCUGUGAUGGCCAUUUCAGUUUGAUAAUCAAAUGUGGACUACCGCAGGUGUAUUCUCCCCACACAGAUUUCAGUUGUUUGAGCAUGCAAGAAAGUACAAAAGUGGGCUAAAAGGUGAGUAAUGAUCUGCAGGAGCACCUUCACUAGAAAUAGAGCUGGACUUGUGGAUCAUAUCUGUAGUCCUGGCACUAGGAAAGGCUGAGGCAGGAGGAUUCCUAUCAUUUUGAGGCCAUAUAUUUGACAGGAAGACACUAUCUCAAAAAACUAAAGCACAAAAAUAAAACACAAACUAUUAAAUCUAGUAGCCAUUUUUAAAAGAAACAGGUGAAGUUUCAGUGUUUUUAUUUACCCUGCUAUAUCCAAAGUAUUAAAUUUCAGUAAGUGGUAUUUAAAGACUACUCAAUACUUUUGCAUACAUUUUUUUAAAUCUUAAGUGUAUUUAACAGCAUAUACAUUUUAAGUGCCCAAUAACCAUUGGUGACUAAUGGCUUCCUUAAAGAACAGCACAGAUCAAAAAGUUACAUGGGUGAAAAAAAGAAAUGAAGUAGGAGUAAAAGGUUCAUUCCUGGCAUCAGUGGAGGUUAGGUGUGAUAAGGAAGUUUAUCAUUGACUAUCAAGAUGUAAAUAAUAUUGUGUCUGCAUUCGUGUGGGGGGGGGGUGUGUAUGCCCAUGUCCACAGAGACCAGAGAAACAGCUUUCCGGCCACCCAAGAUCCUUUAGGAGAGCAGCCAGUGUCCUUUGGAAGAGCAGCAGGUGCUCUUAACCACUCAGCCAUCCAGCCCCCUCAGUUAACAUUUUAUUCUUGAAUGUUUGAUUUUUUUAAAAGGCACAAUGAAUGUAGUGUAUUGAUGCACAUGAACUACCACUAACUUUUAAGAGGGCCAAGAACAUCAAACUCUGAUCUCAGUGGUCCUUAUUAAGAACAGGAGGGAAGGACCCCUGAUCAUAACCAGUGCUUAGUGAGUCCUUGUUGAGUUUGAGGCCAAUGAACAGUGACGGGAGUGAGCAACUUCACUAACUGCAAAGGUCCUUACAUCGCUGAGCUGAGUCAGAGGUCUGCUGUUCCACUGUGCUGUUCCCUGAUAGAGUUCAUCCCAAGGAUUCCUUCUAGUCACAUCUGUUUUUAGAGAGGUUCCUAACUCAGCCAGCAUCACAAUAAGAGUUAUUGUAAAGGAUAAAAAGGUAUUGUCUCCAUUUCACUUAACAGUCCAGUCCUCCCUAAUUUGAAAGAAAACGAAUGUCAAUCCUACUGGCUUUCAAAUAAACAUUUGUCCAGUGCCUUACAGUUA